AUGGCCACCGCCGGCGGCGGUGCUUACAGAAAUGGCGCACACAGGGCUCCGAACCUCCGCACCUCGUCUUCCUUCAAAUCGAGGAAUCCGCCGCCCGUCCGUCGCAGCAGCCCCGCCUCGAUCGGCACCGGAGCCGAUUCCGUUUCUGGAAGAGUCCGAGUUGCUGUGAGGUUGCGGCCUCGGAAUGCUGAGGAGCUGGUAGCGGAUGCAGAUUUUGCUGAUUGUGUGGAGUUACAGCCAGAGCUGAAAAGGUUGAAACUCCGUAAAAACAAUUGGGAUUCAGAUACUUAUGAGUUUGAUGAGGUCCUAACUGAGUUUGCGUCGCAGAAGCGUGUAUAUGAAGUUGUAGCCAAACCUGUUGUCGAAAGUGUUCUAGAUGGUUAUAACGGGACAGUGAUGGCCUAUGGUCAAACUGGUACUGGAAAGACUUAUACUCUAGGAAAACUCGGUGAUGAAGACACCUCUGCUAGGGGUAUAAUGGUUCGUUCCAUGGAGGAUAUACUUGCAAAUAUUUCUCCAGAAACUGAUUCUAUCUCAGUUUCUUACUUGCAGCUUUACAUGGAAAUGAUCCAGGAUCUGCUAAAUCCAGCAAAUGAUAAUAUCUCAAUAGUUGAAGACCAAAAAAGUGGUGAUGUUUCUUUGCCAGGGGCAACUGUUUUGGAGAUCAGGGACCAGCAAAGUUUUGUUGAUCUUCUGCGCGUAGGGGAAGCUCAUAGGAUUGCUGCUAACACGAAACUGAACACUGAGUCUUCCCGUAGUCAUGCCCUUCUCAUGGUACAAGUGAAGAAGUCUGUGCUCGACAGGGAUGAAUUUUCUAUCGAAACUCGAGACCGCUCUGAUAUGGUCGGCAAUAUUAGGCCCCCUAUGCUUCGGAAAGGCAAACUAAUUGUUGUAGAUUUAGCUGGUUCUGAACGUAUACACAAAUCAGGAAGCGAGGGACUCUUGUUAGAAGAAGCCAAGUCCAUAAACCUUUCUCUUAGUGCUUUAGGAAAGUGUAUAAAUGCCUUGGCAGAAAAUAGUUCACAUGUUCCUGUUCGAGAUUCAAAGCUCACGAGGUUGCUUAAAGAUUCAUUUGGAGGAACAUCCAGAACUUCAUUAGUUGUCACGAUAGGUCCAUCUCCACGCCAUCGAGCAGAAACAGCAAGCACGAUAUUGUUUGGUCAAAGGGCUAUGAAGGUGGAGAACAUGCUCAAGAUAAAGGAAGAAUUUGAUUACAAGAGUUUGUCCAAAAGGCUUGAGAUAGAAAUCGACAAACUUACUGCUGAAAAUGAAAGACAGCAAAAAGUAUACGACGAUGAGAUUGAGAGAAUCAGAUUAGAGGCACAGAAGCGUAUUGCUGAUGCUGAAAGAACUUAUGUAGAAGUCUUGGAGGAGGAGAAAACAAAAUGCCAGAUGGAUUAUAUGGAGUCAAUUAAGAAGCUUGAGGAGAAAUGGGCCCAUAACCAGCAAAAGCUUGUCAGUAAUGGAGAGGUUUGCAAGGAUGCUGGCGAAGAGGUUGCUGAACUGAAAUCAUUGCUUCAAAAGGAAGUUCAUCUACGAAAGGCAGCCGAAGAGGAAAUACAGAACUUCAAAAGUCAGCUACUUCAAUUUUCGAUGGUGGAGUUGGCAGGUGGAAAUGCUAAUGACUUUGGUGGCCUUCAAGAAGUGCUGGAAGAGGAGAGUCGGCAGAAGAAAAAACUUGAAGAAGAAGUUAGAAUUUUACAAAGUCAAGUGGCACAGCUUUCUAUGGAAAUUAAUCAAAAUAAAAUCAAGCAUGGAAGAGGCAACUCUGGGAACCCACUUCUUGGUAUAGAUUGCUUAGCCCCACUUAAUCAUCUGCGGUCUAGAGAUGGUAACAUUGGAGAAAGAGCAUCUAUUACAAACCUUCAUGAACAAGUUGGAUUACAAAAGAUACUAUCACUGCUCGAGUCAGAGGAUGCCAAUGUAAGGAUUCAUGCUGUCAAAGUGGUGGCCAACUUAGCUGCAGAAGAAGCGAACCAGGAAAAGAUAGUCGAGGCUGGUGGUCUCUCGUCAUUGCUGAUGCUCCUUAGAACUUAUGAGGAUGAAACGAUACGUAGAAUUGCAGCUGGUGCAAUUGCUAAUCUUGCGAUGAAUGAGGCCAAUCAAGAGAUCAUAAUGGCCCAAGGUGGAAUAUGUCUUUUAGCAACAACAGCUACCGAUGCUGAAGACCCUCAGACUCUGAGAAUGGUUGCUGGAGCAAUUGCUAAUUUAUGCGGCAAUGAUAAACUACAAACAAGGCUAAGGUCAGAAGGUGGCAUCAAAGCUCUAUUAGGAAUGGUGAGAUGUAGACAUCCGGAUGUUAUUUCCCAAAUCGCCCGUGGUAUUGCGAAUUUCGCUAAGUGCGAGUCUCGGGCAUACAGUCAAGGACUAAGAGAAGGUCGAUCUCUGCUGAUAGAAGAUGGUGCUUUGCCAUGGAUAGUACAAAAUGCCAACAAUGAAGCUUCACUAAUCAGACGUCACGUUGAGCUUGCACUCUGCCACCUGGCACAGCACGAGGUCAAUGCCAAAGAUAUGAUAAGUGGAGGUGCCCUUUGGGAGUUAGUUCGUAUUUCGCGUGAUUGCUCCAGAGAGGACAUAAGAGCUCUUGCUCGUCGAACAUUGAACUCGAGCUCCACAUUCCAAUCUGAAAUGCGACGAUUGAGGAUAGAUAUUUAA